UUAACCCAAAAACAAGAUCGUGCACUUUGUCACCACCGUACCACAAGAGAACAGACACAGACAGGACUGGAAAGCCGACAAGAGUCGUCCUGUUGUAUACAAACAAACGAGUCUUGCAGAAUGGGGUGUAUCAAAAAGGCGCAAGGCUGUGUCCAGGCUCGGCACAUCCUGGUCGUGGCCUGGUUCUGGGCCUUCGCCAAUGUGUACAUCCUGCGCACCAACCUCAGCGUCGCCAUCGUCUCCAUGGUCAAGAGUAACUUCUCCGCAUCCGCGGCCAGCGAGUGCACCGGUACGCAGAACAACACGCCCCCUGCCGGUUGGACGGAAGACGGCGAGUUCGAGUGGAAUGAGUGGUACCAGGGCCAGGUUCUGUCCGGGUACUUCUACGGUUACAUCUGUACACAGAUAUUCGGCGGGUGGCUGGAGACAAGGCUGGGUGGAAAAAUAGUUUGUGGUACCAGUCAGCUGUUGGGAGGCCUGUUCACCCUGCUGACCCCCGUGGCAGCCCGGGGAGGCGUGUACGCGCUGCUCGCCAUCAGGAUUCUGGUCGGCUUCGUCGCGGGCAUCACAUACCCGACACACCAUGGCAUGUGGGGCAAAUGGGCACCAAUAUACGAGAGGAGCAGGCUCAUGUCCAUAACCAUGGCAGGUGCGAACUUCGGGACUGUGAUCGUCCUGCCGCUGUCCGGAUACCUGGCGGACACGUACGGCUGGGAGUCUGUCUUCUACGUCACAGGUUGCAUCCCCAUCCUAUGGUUCGUGUUCUGGGUCAUCUUCGUGUACGACUCCCCCUCCAGUCACCCCAGGAUCGACCCGGAGGAGGCCAAGUACAUCGAAAGUCACAUCGAGACCAGGGAGGUGAAAAGUCCUCCCGUCCCGUGGCUGAAGUUGGCCCGAUGUGUGCCACUCUGGGCCAUCGUGAUCGGCCACACUUGUUCCAACUGGGGCUUCUACACCAUGCUGACCAACCUGCCCACCUACCUCAAGCAAAUCCUGGGGUUCGACAUCAAGGCGAAUGGUUUCCUGUCGGCCCUCCCUCACCUCGCCCUGAUGGUGUUCGUAAUGACAGGAGGGUUCGUCACUGAUUACAUCAGGAAACAUUGGGUCAGCACGCUCACCGCCCGCAGGAUCAUGACCUUCCUCGGACAAAUCCCACCGGCCAUUUUCUUCGUGUUGGCGGGGUACGUGGGCUGUGACCGGGCUGCAGGUGUGGCGAUGCUGGCCCUGUCCGUGGCGUUUGGUGGGCUGGCUGUCCCUGGGUUUAAGUUGUCACAUGUUGAGUUGGCCCCCCGGUUCGGAGGAAUCCUGUACGGCAUCACUAACACCUUCGGUAACAUCCCCGGCUUCGUCACGCCGCUGGUGGUCGGCACACUCACCAACAACAAUCAAACCCGCGAGGCGUGGCAGACCGUGUUCUGGAUCGGUGCGGGGAUCUACGUGUUCGGCGGGCUGGUGGUGCUGGUGUUCCUGCGUACCGACGUGCAGGACUGGGCUAAGGACCCGGAGGAGGAAAAGGGCGCUAACGCAGACGGACUCCCUUCUGACAUGAACACCGCUUCUGACUUAAAACUGGACAACUCUUCCACAAGAACCAGUACAACUCGACUGUAGAUGGUGGUGUUUUCAAAUAAGCCAUGAAUAGUUUGAAGUACAUGUACUAGGUACUUUAAUUCAAUGGUAAGACAGCUAGAACUUUGUUAACCAUUGUUAGCUUAUGUUUUAACACAAUUGGAAUGAUACUUGUAACAAAGUUAUAUCCUUUCUAGUUAUUUGUAAGCACUUUAUCAUUCAAGAGGAUAGUUCUAAUAGUUCUCUAUUAUUAACAAAAAGAGCUCUCUGUAGUAAGAGGUAGAUUAAAAGUAGAAUGAAAAUCGGGAUGUAACUAACUCUACUUCACCCUACUAUUAACUGUUAAUGCCAUUUUUGAUUAUUCCGCUAACUUGGAUCAUACAACAGCAAAGAGUAUUAUAUAUACGAUGUAACCAUAGCUAAUGAACAAGAACAAAGCAAUUCAGUGUUUCUGAACUUUUAAUUCAAUGGAAACAUUACAAAGUCAACUGUGAUAAAGACUACACAUAUACUCAGCUGCAUGAUGUUUGUCAACCCCGUCAAGCCGUAUCUAUCUUGAAGACAAAGAGUAGAAAGCCA